GCUGGAGAAUAACAAGAAAAUGUUUUAUUUUGAAUUUACAUGCAAAACUCUUGUCCCUAAUUGACCAAAAUAAAUUUCAUAAAAAUACAUGAUUUUUUAAUCUGUGAUUGUUUGUAUGCUUCGUUGACUGACAGCGAGCGUCUGUCAUUCAUUCAACCGUCAAACGUUUAUGAACUUUUGAAUUUCUUUGAAAGAAGAAGUUUAGUACUGCAUAAAUAUUUUGGUUUAUUUUGAAUAUUGAUUCACUGUAUUGGCGUUGACGAUGGCAGAUGUGGACGAAAUUAUUGAUUACAUAAAAUCACUGAAGAAGGGAUUCGAUAAAGACUUGUUUCAGAACAAAAUUGAUGAAUUGGCAUACGCUGUUGAUACAACUGGGAUACUCUACAAUGAUUUUCAUACUUUGUUCAAAGUUUGGUUGAAUUUAUCUAUUCCUAUAACAAAAUGGGUAAGCUUGGGUGCUUGCCUUGUGCCACAGAAUAUCGUUGAAGAUCGGACUGUGGAGUAUGCUUUGAGUUGGAUGCUUUCUAAUUAUGAGGACCAAUCAACUUUCUCUCGAAUAGGAUUUUUAUUAGAUUGGCUUACAGCUGCCAUGGAGUGUGAAUGCAUUGAAAUGGAAACUCUCGACAUGGGCUAUGAUGUGUUCUAUGUCAGCUUGACUUAUGAGACUUUGACACCUCAUGCAGUGAAACUGGUAUACACCCUGACAAAACCUGUUGAUGUCACAAGGAGAAGAGUUCUUGAAUUACUUGACUAUGCCAGGAAGAGAGAAGCUAAAAAGAAUAUGUUCAGGCAGCUUCAAGUCCUUUUGGGUCUCUUCAAAUCCUAUAAGCCAGAAUGUGUACCUGAAGAUAUACCCGCAAUCUCCAUCCAUGCAGCUUUCAAAAAGAUUAACCCAGAUCUCCUGGCUAGAUUCAAGAGGAAUCAGGAAAACAGGAACUCAGUCCGCAGAGAGAGACAUCAUUUAACAUGGAUUAAUCCUAUUAAUUCUGACCGUGGACGAAACAAGAAGAUAGAUCCAUUAGUACCAAAUGUUGAGUUUCUGAACAUUGGUUCAAAGCAAUAUGCAGAAAAGGAACACCAGAAGAAUUUCUUAGAUUUCACAGACCCUGUAUCAGUGCUGCAGUGCAGUGUCCAACGUUCGACGUCCCGGCCGGCUCGGAUACGAGCGCUAUUAUGUAACGUGACCGGCGUGGCUCUGCUGGCCGUCGCUUCUCACACGGAACAGGAGUUCUUGUCUCAUGAUCUCCACCAUCUGCUUAAUAGCUGUUUCCUCAACAUAUCCCCACACAGUUACAGAGAGAAGCAGGACUUGCUGCACCGUUUAGCAGUAUUACAGCAUACUCUCAUGCAGGGGAUACCAGUCAUAACAAGAUUUCUGGCACAAUACCUGCCACUGUGGAAUGAAAGGGAUUACUUUGCAGAGAUCCUAGAGCUGGUCCAGUGGGUGAGCCUGGACAGCCCCGACCACGUGACGUGUGUACUGGAGCCCCUCGCGCGCGCCUACCACAGGGCUCAGCCUAUAGAGCAGUGCGCCAUACUUAGGAGUCUCAAUCAUAUGUACUGUAACCUGGUAUAUGCCAGUACUAGGAAACGCCAUCACUUCAUGGGCACGCCGCCGUCGCCGCAGGUGUAUGCUCUAGUACUGCCCAAAGUAGCCACCGCCAUCAGCGAUAUGUGUGAUAAAGAGCUACAAGUUAAUCCAGAGCAGAUGGUAGUGUUGCACAGUAGCGUGCAGGGCGCCGCGGUCCGAGCGCGGGGGGAGUCGCGCGGCGGGGCGCCGGCCGCCGCGCUGGCGCCCCGACUGGCGCUGGCACUGCCACUGCUCACCGUCUCCGCCGCAUUACUCGACUCCGUCGCAGAACUCAUGAUACUGUACAAAAAAAUAUUCACGACCGCCAAACAAACGAACGUGAUAACGAACACCGACACUUUUGAGAAACAGAUGCAAGUACUAGAAGCGUACACUUUAGAUUUGAUCAACUGUUUGUACAGCGAAGGCGCACUGAGCGACAGAAACUUAGGGUUUGUGUUCAGCAAAUUACACCCUCAACUUGUUGAGAAACUUGGGUCUUUAAUGCCUGACGUUGACGCUAAGUUGAGUAUUAGAAAUAGUAUAGCGUUUGCUCCUUAUACCUAUAUACAGUUAGACGCUAUAGACCACAGAGAUGCUGACAACAAGCUCUGGUUUAACGCAGUCAUUGAACAAGAGUUUACUAAUCUCAGUCGCUUCUUGAAAAGGGCUGUUACUGAACUGCGUUACCAGUAGAUAGUGACGGGGUAACAUACUGUGGUGUUUUGUAAAUGUACAAAUUAAUCAGUGAAUCUUUUACCACCGAUAUUGGUAGUGCCAUGUUUAGGUUUGGUCGUAAAAUUAUGGCAAGUAGCAAACUCUCUUUGUAGAGAAGGUCUGUAGUCCAGUAGUGGACUCGCACGGGUUGUUGAUCAGUUCUUUAUAUUUGUCUCUUGUCUGAGUUGUCUUAAAUUCUCUUUGUCGUUGUUGUGUCUAUAAGCUAUUUUUGUAGCAUGUUAACUUACAUUCAGCGAUAAAAGAUGGCUUGAAAUAGCUUACUCAAAUGGCACAGUAAUGUGAUUAACAAAUAAGGAAUCCCAGAAAAAACAAUUAUGACAUUGUUGUUGUACUUACUGCCUGAACGAAUUCUGUCUAAAGAAUAAAGUAAGAUAGCGAUUGCAUCCAUUACAUGCAAAUUGUAGUUGUUAUCAAGAAUUUAUGAAUGAAUAACAUUUCAGAGUAAAAACCAUGUAAUUCUUUCCGGUAUAAUUGAUUGUGACUGGUUUUUAGACUUUUGCAAAAAACAGUUCAUUUUCAUUUCGAUUACUUUUAUAAAUCGACGGGUAUUAUUGAAUAAUAUUAUUCAAUGCAGUUUGAAGUCUAGAAAUGUAAGAAGCGAUCGUGUGAAUGUUUUAUAUAAAGUAGCUAUUACGAUACCUAUUUUUAAUUGAUAAUGACUUAUUAAUUAUGUUGUCUCCAAUUAUUUUCUCAUUUUAAUAAAAAAAUAAGUAAAAGUA